CAUUUUUAUUUUUAAUUGAUAACGAAGAUCAAAACAAAUUUUGUUGAACUUAAUAAUUUGUGUUAAUUAUUUUUAAUGAGUAAUCCGCAAUAAUACUUCUCAUUUCGCGAUGCGUAUAAAAAUCAUCAUGGAAUCGUGACCAGGAUAUUGGAAAUUCAUGCGGUGAGAGUGACAUUUCGCGAUAAAAAACUUAGUCAAUAGCUUUUUCAUGUCGCACAAUGAUCGUUUGAAGACGCGUAAAAUGCGUCAUUAUAGUGUUUACGAAAUGGACAUCGAAUCUCACGCGAGAGUAUCCAACUAUGAAGAAACAGUCCAACAACUCGACGUCUAUUAUGGUAUCGUAAAAAGACAAUUACUCCGAUACCAGCAUCCUAUAACUGGUAUUUUUCCGGCACUUUCAAGCGAUGCCAAAGUUGCCAGUGUACGAGACAGUAUUUAUUGCGCAGCUGCGAUUUGGAGCCUCUUCCAAGCUUAUCGACGAAUAGACGACGAUCGUGGUAAAUCUUACGAGUUGGGUCAAUCAGCGGUCAAAUGUAUGAGAGGUAUUCUAGAAUGCUGGAUCCGCCAAGCUGCACGAAUAGAGUUAUUCAAAAUGAAGCAAUGCUCCGAUUACGCUUUACAUAGCAAAUUUCAUUUAGCUACUGGAACCGAAAUAUUCAACGACGGAGAAUAUUCGCAUCUACAAAUCGACGUUGUCUCUUUAUACUUGAUUUUCCUAGUCCAAAUGAUCGCAUCGGGAUUACAAAUUAUUUAUACGCAAGACGAAGUAUCGUUCGUACAAACCCUGGUGUAUUAUGUCGAACGUGCUUAUAGGACUCCUGAUUUCGGCAUGUGGGAACGAGGCAGUAAAUACAACGAUAAUACUCCCGAAAUCCACGCCAGCUCCAUCGGUAUGGCGAAAAGUGCCUUGGAAGCUAUCAAUGGCUGCAAUUUAUUCGGAGAAAAGGGCGCAGCGUGGAGCGUCGUUUAUGUAGACAUCGACGCCCAUAAUCGUAAUCGAAGUAUUUUCGAAACAUUGUUACCCAGAGAAUCUUGCUCAAAAGACGUUGACGCUUCGUUACUACCUACUAUAUCUUUUCCAGCUUUCGCUACCCAAGAAAAAAUACUUUGCGAUGGUACCAUAUCGAAUAUUGUUCGCAAACUGAAAGGUCGACACGGUUUUCGAAGAUUUCCCAGAGAUGGUUAUAAAACCGUAUUAGAAGAUGCCAACAGACGAUUCUAUAACGUCGGUGAAACGAAAGAAUUCGAGAAUAUUGAAAACGAAUGGCCUUUGUUUUUUCUUUUCAUGAUGAUCGACGGCGUUUUCAAAAAUAACGACGAACAAGUUGAAACCUAUCGUCAACUUUUACAAAAUGUGAUAAAAUAUGACAAACAUGGUGAUCCGAUCGUUCCCAUGUAUUAUUAUGUGCCUAAAGAACUCAUCGAAUCGGAAAAAGCCGAGUAUGGAAGUCAAACCAGAUUACCAUCCAGCGAAUGGUCGGGAGAUAACCAAUCGUUAUUUCUGUGGAAUCAAGCUCUGUACGUGAUCGCCCAAUUGCUGAUUGCCGGACUGUUGCACGUGAACGAACUGGACCCUAUACGCAGAUUUUUGCCGUCCUAUAGUACACCGCGUAAAACCGCCAGGUAUUCAGCUUUUCAAGGUGCGGCUACAGAUUUGGUUGUACAAGUAGUCCUAAUUGCCGAAUCGAUGCGUUUACAAGCCAUGAUGGGCACUUACGGUAUCCAAACACAGACUCCUCACGAAGUUGAACCCGUUCAAAUUUGGUCUUCUAAACAGCUGGAACAAGUUUACAAAUACUUGGGAGUGAACAAAAAACUCAAAUUGACUGGACGACCAAUGCGUCCUGUCGGCUCACUCGGUACUAGCAAGAUUUACCGUGUUUGCGGUAUGACCGUGUUAUGUUAUCCUCUGAUUUUCGAAGUAUCCCAGUUUUACUUGUACAGAGAUAUGGCUUUGUUGAUUGACGAUAUUAAAACAGAGAUCCAGUUCGUCUGUCGGUAUUGGAGAUUAUCUGGUAGACCUACGGUUUGCUUAGUGAUUCGUGAAGAGCAUAUGCGUGAUCCUCAGUUCAACAAGAUGGUUGAUCUGCUUGCCAUGUUUAAAAAAGGUUACUGCGAUAGUGUGAAAGUACGAAUUGGCCGAUUACAAAAUUUACUGUCCUCUUCGUGUAUCGAACACUUGGAUUUCAUGAAGUUGACCGAUAAAUCUGAAUUAAAAGUUCAAAAGUUCCAACAAUUAGUCCACGAAUACAUUGGUUACCAGAGCUUGACUGAUGUACCGAAAGUUAUGUGUUAUUCCGAAGAACAAAUCGACGUAUCGCAGUUUCAUGGAAAAGAAACCUACGAAGUUCUCGAUGCGAUUCGUAACAGCGCCGGAAUUUACGCCAAGGCUCAAUUAUUCGGUAUAAUUCUUCAAAGAGAAGGCGAACAAUACGAAUUCAACGGUCAGACGGUUAAAGAGCAUCUGCAAAAUUUAUAUUUUCUAGCCGGAUCAUUACAGUAUUGGAUCGCAGUUCGAUACUGCAGUAGUUUGUUGCAUCAUACGGUGGACAGUAUCAGUCCAUUCAUUACUAGUGUUUUAGUUAGCGGUCGACUUCUAACCGUAGGCGUAAUUGGUCACAAAGAAACUGUUUUCGAUAAACCCAUGACACCGGCAGAAAUUCAUUCGGUUAUGUAUUCAACCAUUCAAAUGUAUAACGUCAUUCACGCCGUACUCCAACAAGAAAUUAUUCUAUACUGUGGUCGAUUGGUAUCAACGCACACGAACAUGUUCAAAGGUAUUCUAAAAAUUCGCGUAGGAUGGGUUUUGGAAGCCAUGCGUCAGUACUUGAUUAUACAAGGGCGGCUUGGCGAAGAACUGGAAAAUCUCAGCCCAUCGGAAAUAAGACAGCUACUAUUCAAAGUACUAUCCGUUCGAGAUUGGGCCGCUGAAGGAAAUAUUACUCCGUUACAACGUAGACAACUAGAAGGUUGUUGGUGUCGAGUUCCGAUCCAUUUCUAUAAGCAAGUUUGGGAUAUAAUGACCCGCACGCCCAAAGGAAUACGGAUUCAAGGAUACAUGUUUCCUCAUCAGUCUGCAAUGGUAAACAUGACCCGAUCCGAAUUGAAUUUCGCAUUGUUAAUAGAAGAAACGUUGACUCACAUCAAACAGCCCGAAUAUCGUCAAAUUAUCGUCGAAUUAUUAUGUAUCGUUUCAACCAUAUUACUUAGAAAUCCCGAAUUGGUUUUCCAAGAAUCUUUAAAUUUAGAUAAUUUAGUUCGGCAGGCGUUCGAAAUGUAUUGUAAAGAUAAUUGCGAAAGUUUGGAUCAAGAUAUCGAUGUUUUUAUUGCUAAAAAACAAUCCAUCACUACCAGCUAUUUAGCCAGAGCCGUCGUAAAUAAUGUAUUGAAAACGAGUAAAUUAGAAACUUCUUUAUUAGAUGAAAAGCAAUCCAACGAAGAUUAUUGUAAUAUUUCUUAGUAAUUUUCCUGUUGAGUAUUUUAGUUUGUGAAUUUUUUCUUUUUGUUUUCUUACUCACUUUUACUAGUCAGAGUUUAGUGCGCCUUUAUAAUCUCGUAACUUUCAAUUAAAUGUUCCCAUCGUAGUGUUCCA